AUGGCACAAUAUCCAGAAGAAGUCAUUAACCCUGGUCCAGAGGAUAACUCACUUCUGUACUUACAAACUCAACAUAUUUCGCAACAAGUUUGGAAUGAAAAUGUUUCUCGAAUCCUACACACUAGACGAGUCAUGCAUGCUAAUCGAAUGAUUGAGCCACCCAAUCAGAUACUUGAAUAUCUUAGAUUAGCUGGAUUUUAUGGUGUUGCGAGGGUAGGGCAAUUUGAUUACGACCGGAGUUUGGUCUCAGCCCUUAUUGAGAGGUGGCGUCCUGAGACUCACACAUUUCAUACUACACGUGGAGAGUGCACAAUAACAUUAGAGGAUGUUGCUAUACAGUUAGGCCUUCCUUGUGUAGGAAUGCCUGUCAUUGGGAAAACUGACUUUAAUUGGCAAGAUGUUUGUGAAUGGCUUCUAGGGGUUAGACCACCUGCAGAUAGAAUACUUGGACAACGACUACUUAUGAAUUGGUUGGAAGAGCACUUUAAUCACUUACCUGAUGAUGCAGACGAUGUACAAGUUCAACAAUUCACUCGUGCAUAUAUUCUCAGAUGGGAUUGGAGGGUGCUUAUCAUUAUUACAUUUAUGGGCAUGGGAUCGUUUUCCUACGCUAGCACCACACAACAACCUGUAUCUCCAGAUCCACAGUCUAAUAUCUACCCUCUCUUACCUCCUUUGGUUUCAGGACAAAAUCCUCGUCCAAGUGUCACAUCCUUACGCCAAUAUAGGAGUCUUCUUGAUAGAAUGACGGAUGAUGACAUAAUUUGGCAGCCAUAUGAAUCUUCUGAAGUGCGCCAAUUGAUUCCAGAAUACUGCUUGGCAACACCUGAAAUUUGGCUUGCUUCAGUUCCUCUAAUAUGUUUUCAUAUUAUAGAAUGGCAUCACCCUGAUCGUGUACUAAGGCAAUUCGGUCGUCAACAACCUAUUCCUGUCAUGCCUGUUCAUUUAGGAAAUUACCAUACAAUACAACUACGUGGCAGAAUAAGCACAAAUUGGACUGAAGAAUACUCAAACUUCAUUGAAGCAUGGAAUAGAUGGCCACACGCUGUUGUUGAUGCUCCUCUGGCACUUGGUGAACUUGAUCGAACAUCUGAGUACAUGCAAUGGUAUUGGAGACAUACAAGACGAUGGAUCCAACGUGUUAGUGGUGAUACUGGCUAUGUGGCUGACAUAGCAGAACAGUUAUAUAGGCUAACAAUUAAUUCUCGUUCAACAUGCUCUGAUUGCAUUGAUUAUCGAGAAAGAGUUGCUCGAGACCAGCGUAACAUCUUACUUGCAGUUAGAGAACAACGGUUUAAUAUGAAUUCUCAACCAGCUCCACCACCAGUUGAGCUACCCCGUCCACAAAUUCCUCGAGAUAGACCAAGCAAACGGCGAGGCGGUUACUUGUCUACUCAGCCACCAAUUUUUUAUGACAAAACACUAGCUCUAUGGUUCCGGUACUUGCAGAAUUAUCUCAUAGGCCCCUUGCUUCGCAGGAGCACUAGGCAGGAAAUAGAAUUCAUCAGCUGCCUUCAAGACUAA